AUGAGCCAACACCAACAGAAACUCCUACCAACAAACGACAAAAAAAAUAAAAAAACCUACUGGAGCAAAGAAGAAGAAAUGUUGUUGGCAAAAGCUUGGCUACAAAUUUCAGAAGAUAGCAUUACUGGAAGUCAACAACGUGAUAAAGAGUUCUGGCGACGAAUUAGUGUGUACUAUGAAAAAAGCAACACGUCGAACGUUGCAAGAACUCAAGCCAACCUCAAAACGCAUUGGCAUUACAUGAACCCAUUUGCAGUUGCAUUUAAUCAAAUGUAUAUAGUGUUGAAAAGUCAACACCUCAGUGGAUGGUCUGAGGAUGAUCUUUAA